AUGACGCAAGCAAAGGAGGUGGUGACGGCAGCGUUGGAGGCGGGAUGGGGGACGGUGGUGGUGGACGGCGCGGCGGAAGAAGGGGAGAGCGGAGCGGGGAAGAAGGGGAAGCGCAAGGGCGGGAAGGACGGGGAGGAGAUUUCGCCACCCGUUGCCGCGCGGCAGAACUGGGUUGCGCGUGGUGACGCGGAGAGGCGGGGGGGGGGGGAGAGGUUGGCGGCGUGGGUGCGCGUGGCGAGCGCGGCGGAGCAGGAAGUCAUGUGCGCGCUGGCGUGGCGAGAGGACGCUGUAGUCAUGGACGCCGCGGACUGGAAGAUGACCGACCCACUUGCUAGUCAGUCGGGCAAUCAACGCACGCAGCAGCGCCACCUCUAUCGACCCUGUCACCGGCAGCCGAACCUCCCCGAGGGGCCUUCCUUGGCUCCUCUGCCGGUGCCCCGAUGCCUCCUGUACCCCCCGCCGCCUCGUCCGCUGGUGGCAUCCCCAUGGAAGCCCCGCCUCUCCCGAGAGUGA